AUGGCUGCACCUCUGCGUCUUUUGGGUUACUCGACGGAGAUGACUGUUCAAGAUAGUAUUCAUGAACUCCUAGAAUUGUGCGAAGUCAUAGAUGGCGGUCGCAAAGACGAAAUGAUUCUUAUCGUAGACCCUUGUAGCAUAGAAGACAGCGAAAUAGCUUUCCUCAAUCAAAACGGAGAUAGCUUAGAAUAUGAACUGGACAAUGGCCUUAAGGAUGGUAACCAGUGUACUCCUUCUAACCCGGGUCCUACGUCUGCCGAUUCAUUCUUGGGUCCUUCUGCAUCCGACUUGAUCACCGAAAAGUGCAAUUUCUAUUCAAAGCCCGGCCCUAGCUUCAUCGGACAUGCCUACUUGUGGUCGCUUCCCGUCAGAACCUAUAUGGAAAUCAUUGAGAAGUAG